GAGAAAAAAGAGAAACACAACACUAAAUAAGAAAAGUCUGGUAGGAAAUUUUGCAUGAAAGUCCUCUCAUACUUAGUUUGUUUUGAUCACGAAUAGCAAAUCUUACACCAAAAAAAGCCGAGGAAUACCGCCUUUUGACCACACAGGAUUACUUGGAGUGAAGGACAAGGGCAUUGAGGGGACAGAGGAGCAAUGGCAGCCGGACGUGAACGGCGAAACAAUGCAGGCACCAAGAUGUCACGCCUGCUGGAGGAGGAGGAGGAGGACGACUUCUACAAAACCACUUACGGAGGCUUCAUGGAGGAGGCCGAUGAUGUUGACUACCAGUCUGAGGUGGAGCAGGAUGACGAGGUGGACUCCGACUUCAGCAUUGACGAGAAUGAUGAGCCAGUUUCAGAUGUGGAGGAGGACGCUAAGGGGGGGAAAAAGAAGGGCGGGCGUCUCAUCACCAAGGCCUAUAAGGAACCCAAGUCAGUGACCAAGACCAAAUCCACCUCCUCCUCCUCGGCUCCCGUUGUGAAGAAGGUCAAGGAGAAGAAGGUGGUGAGCAAGAAGCCGGCAGUGUUUGACCUCACAGCCCUGGAGAAGAAGGGCAUCCGGAAAUCCACACAGAUGAAAUCGGCAGAGACAGUGAAGCGGCAGAGAGAGCGAGCAGAGGUGGAGAAGAAGCGGGCCAUGAAGAAGAAAGAUGUGGUGCCCAGCCUGCCCAGACUCACCCAGGAGGAGCUGCUGGAAGAGGCAAAGAUCACUGAGGAGGCCAACCUGAAGUCCCUGGAGAAGUAUGAGUUGGCAGAGCUGGACCGCAAGAAGCCCAAGGUGGUGCGACGCGGCUUCACAGGCUCCUUCAUCCGCUACCAGUCCACCACCAUGCCACUCAUCCAGGAGGUGGAUGCCCCCUGCCCCCCGCCACCCCCCACCCUGCCAGACCCUCUUGCUGAGAUGGAUGUGGUGCAGACAGACUUGAGCCUAAAGAAUGGUGAGAACAAAGAGAACUCCCUGGCUAAGCACAUUGAUGACCCCGCCGAGAAAUGUGAGCGUUCCUUCCUCACCUUCUCUGAUGAGGUCACCUUCAAACGGUCGUUCCGCAAGACCAAGCCCAAAGCCGUGCAGAAGAACAUCUGUCCCAUCACAAGGUUGCCAGCCCGUUACUUUGACCCUGUGACGCAGCUGCCUUACGCCACGCUGCAGGCCUUCAGGGUGCUGCGAGAGGCGUACUACCAGCAGCUGGAGGACAAGGGCGACCGCAACAACAAGCAGGUGGCCAAGUGGCUCGCCUGGAGGAGGGAGUACAAGAAGGUGCGGGCCUCGGCUCAGAGCAUCAAGCCCACCGUCACCACGCUACAGCAGGGGACGGCCACCGCCACGCUGCGCACCGCUGCCACCACUGCCACAGCUGCCACACCUGGCACACUGACACAGGGCAUCACCUACACCUCCUCUGUGCCGUUCUCCUCGCCCGCCACCUCAGCCGUGACGUCCGUGGCUGCUGUCGCACAGAUCUUGAGGUCAGCCGCCCCUGUCACCUCCACACUCAUUGCCACCACUGCCAUCGCCAGCACCAUCCCCACCACCACUUCUGUCACCGCCACAUCCCUGCAGCUGGGUGCCCGCACCACUGCCACCACAGCCGAUGCAGGUGGUCUGGGAAGCCUGCAAGGCCAGACGGUGCAGCUGGUCCAGACAGUGAGCCGAGGGAUGGGCAGUGGGGUGCGGCCAGGCCAUCAGAUGGUCAUCACCAGUGCCGGCCCAUCGGGUGGCCUGCAGCUGGUCGGGGGCAGCGGGGGCACUAACCUGCUGGUCCAGGGCGGCACGGGUGGCACCCCUAACCUCCUGGUGCAGAGCAAUGCGUCAGGAAACCUUCAGAUCGUUCAACCUGGUGGAGGGAGUGGUGUGCAGGUGAUGCAGACAACCACAGGGGGAAACGUACAGGUGGUUCAGGGUGGCCGGUUCACCAUCCGCCCAGUCGCUAGCCAGGCCUUCACCAACCUGCAGUCACUCCUCAAAUAGGGAGGCUGUUGGUACAUGACUCAGCUGGUUCAAAGAUAUUACUGCCCCCAGCUCUCCUAUUGUCUGUGUGUGUGUGUGUGUGUGUGUGAAAGUAGAGAACUUCUGUUAUUUUUUUGUAAGGUUUAGUGUAUUUUAUAAUGUACUGUUGUAUGUAAUUUGAGUGAAAGGGUUCAGAUUCUUUAAUUUUAGAAGUUGUUUUCCUCCAAAAAUGUGUUGCUUUCCUGUGUGUGUGUGUGUGUGUGUGUGUGUGUGUGUGUGUGUGUGUGUGUGUGUGUGUGUGUGUGUGUGUGUGUGUGUGUGUGUGUGUGUUUGACAUUGGUGUUUCUAUUCCAUUAUCUCACCAAAUAGCAUACAAUCAUUUGUUUUGAUUAAGAUUACUAUAAGAAAUACAAUACCCCUUGGCACCAUCACAAGUUAACACCCAUCUCAAGGCUGUAGGAAUCACCUUAUUUUGCAUAAAUAAAUUCUGCCCUCAAGUAUUCCACCUACCUACAUUAAACAAGAAGAGCAUACUGUCUAUGUAAAUAAAAAAAACAAUAAUGCCA